AGUAUAUAAGAGGCCAUGGCACGAGGAGACGUCAGACUCAAGCCCCUCACUCUCCUGGAAACCAUCCCAGAACCUCCACCCUCUGACACCAUGGUCAACUCCUGUUGUGGCUCCGUCUGCUCUGACCAGGGCUGUGGCCAGGAGACUUGUUGCCGCCCCAGCUGCUGCCAGACCACCUGCUGCAGGACCACCUGCUGUCGCCCCAGCUGCUGUGGCUCCAGCUGCUGCCGCCCCUGCUGUGGGGGUUCCAGCUGCUGUGGCUCCAGCUGCUGCCAGCCUUGCUGCCGCCCCACCUGCUGCCAGACCACCUGCUGCAGGACCACUUGCUGCCGCCCCAGCUGCUGUGGUUCCAGCUGCUGCCGCCCCAGCUGCUGCAUCUCUAGCUGCUGCCGGCCCUGCUGUGGGGGUUCCAGCUGCUGUGGCUCCAGCUGCUGCCAGCCUUGCUGCCGCCCCACCUGCUGCCAGACCACCUGCUGCCGGACCACCUGCUGCCGCCCCACCUGCUGUGUGUCCAGCUGCUGCCGCCCCUGCUGUGGGGGCUCCAGCGGCUGUGGCUCGAAUUGCUGUGGCUCCAGCUGCUGCCAGCCUUGCUGCCGCCCCACCUGCUGCCAGACCACCUGCUGCCGGACCACCUGCUGCCGCCCCACCUGCUGUGUGUCCAGCUGCUGCCGCCCCAGCUGUUGCUAGACCCCCUGCCACCACCCAACCUGCUCUAGUGGCUCUUGCUGCUGCUGAGUGCCCUGACCUGCACCCUGCUGUUUUCAUCAGCCAAUCUCCUUCAUGUCGUCCAACUGGGAGCUGAAUCAUGUGAGGCCAACUGUAAAACCUCAGUUCCCAGUGAUUUUUCAACUGGUUGGUCUUGGAAUAUACCUCCCUACCGCCCACUCCCUCCUCACCUCCUUGUUACUAACUCCACCCCAAAUCACUCCAAAGAUUGUAUUAUCUGAUAUAUGUUAACAUGCCAUUCUGAUUGAUGUAUCAGCUGCUGCCAGAUUUUCUAGUAUGGAGAUGUUUCUGAAUGUCAAAUAAAUCUUGAUUUUCCAGGCAUAAAUAUAAGAAA